CCUAGCAUUUGUCCACAACACAUUUCACUCAAACCUUGCGCGCUAAUGACACGUCUGUCAGUGAUAAACCCCGUGACGUCAUUAAACGUCAUCAAACAAAGAGUAAACAUGUUGUGUUUCGCCUCGAAUGUACGUCAUUGAAUGUAAGCCGAAUGUGAGCUAAUUACUCGUUCCAGCAGACGUCGGCCAGGCUAAUGUGAGCUAGCUGAUUAGCUCACAUUGCUAGGGUUCUUCCUCUACCUGCUUUAGUAUUCCAUCAUGCGGCUGGCGUCCCCUCGUCACAGCUCAUAUAUUCCGUCGUGCCGGCAAACGCCAUCGUCGCCACAGUGGACUCAUGUUAACCUUGUCAGAGAGAGAUGUGCAGUUAAAUGAGUUUUGAUGGUAGAAGUCUGAAGUCUACACUCGGGCGGCCAUCUUGAAUAGACCUGUGGCUCACAGGAGGAAGUCAGCCCGCCUCUCGAACCUCCUCGCCGGCCACUGAAAGCACCAACAAGACCCCCCGCCGUCAGUUGGGAGUCAAACAGCAGCAAUAGCAUUUUUAAUAGCUAACGUGAGUGUUUAUGACCCGCCAUGUAAACGUCACACCUCCGGUCCGCAGGGGGCGCUGACUCAACACGACGCAGAGGUCGUCGAAGAAGAGCACAGAACAUCAACAACAACAACAACAACAAACUACUGUACACUGGCAAUAUGAUUUCAACCAGAAGACUAAGCAAGGAGCUUGAGGAAAUCCACAAUUCUGGAUUCAAACAGUUUCGCAACAUAGAAGUGGACGACGCAAACAUUUUGAACUGGCAGGGACUCAUUGUUCCUGAAAGCCCCCCCUAUGACAAAGGAGCCUUCCGGGUGGAAAUCAUCUUCCCCACAGAGUACCCUUUCAAGCCCCCCAGGAUCACCUUCAAGACCAAAAUCUACCAUCCCAACGUGGACGAGAAGGGCGGUGUGUGUCUCGGCAUAAUCAGCAUCGAGAACUGGAAGCCUGCCACCAGGACAGCUCAAGUCAUCCAGUGUCUCAUCUCCCUGGUGAAUGUCCCGCAACCCGAACGCCCCCUGAGGGCGGACUUGGCCAACGAGUACACGGAAAACCGAGAUCUGUUUAUGAGGAACGCCGAGGAGUACACAAGGACACACGGUGAGACGCGACCCCUGGACUGAUGUGCUCCUUGUUUCUUUUAAAGACCUUCUGGUGACUAGUCGGGCUGCGGCAAAAGACAAGCUGAAAGUGUCCUGAACUAUUUAAUGUAUGUAAGCACAACUGUGUGCUCAUGUUUGUACGCUUUAACACCGUCUUCUUAUUACUUUGUGGUCUUACUCUUGAGGGUUGACAAUGUUCAAAACUGAUGUUUGAAUCUGGUUUGGGUGGUGGAACCAAAAGGGGUCCUGGGUCAUGUUUUAGGGCUGAUGAAUGCUUGAAAAUGUGCAGCUUUAUUUCCAUACUCUCUUUCCAGCAUGUUGAACUGUGAAUUGUAAAUAAUUGGGAUUUUGAUGUAACUUGUCAGCAUGUUCAAAAUAAACUACUU